UAUAUUAAAAUAUGAAUUACGAGACCCCUCAUGCUCAAAAGAUGUUUACACUGUUUUAAUCUCCUGCGCAAGUAGGUCUCUUUUAAUACCCUUUGCUAGAUGCAGAGUCCAUAUUAGCAAUUGUUUCUGUUGCAGAAUCGUGUUCCUGUUGAUAGUUAGCCCCAAUAAGCGAUCCAGAAGAUCAAGAAGUAACUUUCGAUUCCCAAACCGCCUACGCAAGUCAAAAAUAAAAUUCCUCAAAAAUUGGAUUAGCCAGGUUCGCAAAAGGCAGUUGUCAACAACUAAACUCCCAUUCAAACUUAUCAUAACAUGAUUGAUCUUAUCAGACAAAACUAGGAUUUGAAAAAUGAAUUGAUUGAAAUAGAGAAGGACAUCCAAAAUUACAGAGUAUUCUUUUGAUAUUGAUUUAGAGUUUGAUAGAUAUACGAUCCAAAAAGAAAUGAUUUUAUUUUUAUAUAUU